GAGCACUUCCUUCAGAUUGCGUGCACGUUACAGUUAGCUCUCCCUCUCUCUCACCCUAACCCUAUAUAAUAUAGACACGCACACACAACGCAUGGCGCAGGUUCCUCAUAAUUCUGUAACGUAUCAGCUUCAUUAACAACUUCCAUUUCUCGUUACCAAUUACUUCCAUAGCUUCAGAAGACGGAAAUAGCCCCAAAUCCAUUCAAACUCCUGUCUCUUUCUUUCUGUUUUUUGUGUUUCGAUGCCCUACAAGGAUGGUGGCUGAGACAAAGCUGUCUUACUGUCCCCCGACCCUAUCUCAUCUCGACAACGGUUUCUUCGACGUCGCUUCCACCGCCAAACCGCCGGCGACGCCCUUCCGAUCUUCCGCCCAAUUCAGGCUCCCGACCAUCCCGCGCCUGUGAGCUGCUCAAAGAUGAUUGAAUCUGCUGUCACAAAUAUGUUCAUCCCAAACUUUCGUUCUGGUAGCCAUACAGACAGGGGAUACCGAGAAUUCAAUGAAGACGAACACAUCUGCAUUGAUGAUCUAUCUGCACAAUUAGGCCAUCUGUUUGGGUGCCCUUUGCAAAGUGCUUUUUAUGCCGUCUUUGAUGGACAUGGUGACUCCAAUGCAGCAGCAGCUUACAUCAAGGAGCAUGCCAUGAAUUUAUUCUUUGAAGAUGUUAACUUGCCCCAAACAUCUGAAAUUAACGAUGCUUUCUUGAAAGAGUUGGUCAGUGCUCAUCGCAGAGCGUUUCUUCUGGCUGACCAAGCAUUGGCUGGAGAAUCUAGUGUUUCUCCUUAUUCCGGAACAACAGCACUGACUGCCCUAUUACUCGGCAGGCAUCUAAUGGUCGCCAAUGCUGGUGACUGUCGCGCUGUUCUCUGCCAGAAAGGAGUUGCAUUGCAAAUGUCCCAAGACCACAGGCCUAGUUAUCCACCAGAGUACCAGAGGGUGGAGAAGGUUGGUGGUUACAUCGAGUAUGGCUACCUCAAUGGUGAUCUUGCAGUCACUCGUGCCCUCGGAGACUGGUACAUGAAAUCUCCGUUAGGCUCUUCAUCACCUCUAAUCGCCGAGCCAGAAGUCGAACAUAUCAUGCUAACCGAAGAAGAUGAAUUUCUGAUUGUCGCUUGUGAUGGAAUCUGGGAUGCCAUCUCAAAUGAGGAAGCAGUCAACUUGGUUCGGCGUGCACUAAUGCGCCACGACAACCCACAGGAGUGUGCCAAAGAACUGGUGAACGAAGCGCUGCGCCUGAACACAACGGACAACGUCACUGCAAUCGUCUUGUGCUUCUCUCCUCCUCGUUCCCGGGAGCCUACUCCUCGCCGGCCAAGGUCGAGGCGCGACUGGAAUAGGUUGAGGAACUUCCUGGACUGAAACUGAAUGUGAAGACAAAAUCAUUUAAGAGUGUAAAACCGAUCCUGUUAACUGUACUUGUGGCAGAAAGAUUGAAAAUCUGUGGCUGUGUUGGGAAAAGCCAGCUAUCUAAGCACCAGCCUUGAAGCUGUGUCUCUACUAUCUCAUCUAUAUUAUCUGAUCUGGGUGGUGAUUGCUUGGUAAGGCUUGUGAGGACACCAUUUUUCUAGUAUAAUAAAGAGAUAUUAGCAGAGCAUAUAUCUUUCUGUCCAGUGCUAAAUGUAAAAUGAGCUAGGCUACUGUGUCUCUGGCUCAUUUUAUUUGCCCAAUUCCUCCAUCAUCAAGUGCAGUUUCGAUCCGAAUAGAUUAAGUAUCGUGUUGAAAAAGUACAAAGAGUUGAUUCAGGAUUGAAUCAUGAGAGUUAAAAGAC